UUUAUGACUGUUUCUGACUGUGAUUGUUGCGAACAGUGCCACGUCGCAUCCGUCGUUCGAGAUCUCCUCCCGCGGGCAACAUCGAUCGCUACGUCCCGGGUUCACCGCGUCGCCGUUCUGGCUCUCCGCCCCGUAGAUUCCAUCCGUCGUACCCUCAGAACCGUAACAUACUGGGCGGCCCCGGGUCGAUCGAUCGUUAUGUUCCGCAAGGCGGACCCGGUGGUACUGUUCUGGCAAUGCUCACCGAUCCGCACAAACUUGACUAUUCAGUCACGUAUACCUACUUUUCCGAGUGGUACUACCAAGAGAAUGGCAAGCUUCGGGACAAGGAAUCGAUUACAAAGGACGAGGUGCAAUCCGCGUAUGAUAGAUACAAGGACGAUUUGAAUGCACGAUUGGCCAAGAUCUUUGUUAUGGCACACAAGAAUGAUGAGUGGUUCAAGGAACGCUACAUGCCAGGAGAAAAGGAAGUCACCAAAUCCAAGAUUGUGGAGUACCGGAGGGGUCUCUGGCAGAAAUGGAAGGUUCAAUUGGAGUCUGGGGCUUUUGACGACGUGGAUCGGGAAACCCUAGGCGUCAAAGUCGAGGGCGGUGAUGAUGUCGUAGAGGAGGUCAAUCGUGGCGUCGAUGAUGGUGGAUUAAAGCCGGUGUUGUUAAUCAAGACCAUCAGUCCGACAGUCAGCAGAGUCCAAUUGGAAAAGCUUGCCGCGGAUAAUCUUCCUAAUUUCCACUUCGUCUCGCUUUCGGAUCCCAACCCUCUCAAGAAAUUCCACCGCAUUGGCUUCAUCCUCCUGCAGCCUCACAAUGCAGACGGCUCGAACCCGGAGCCUGUGGUCGUUACCGAGUCCACCGUGGAGCUUCUCAAUGGAAAAUCCAUCCAUGACGAAAACCACGGCGACUUUGUCUGUCACGUGGGUAUCCACAAUGGACCAACCAAUCCAAAAGCCAAAAAACUCCUCAACGAGUACAUGAGCAUGCCACAAAACCUCAAAAAGGAGGCUGAACUCGUGGAAAAGUGCAUCCGGAGACUUGAAUCGGAGCUUGUGGAGAGCGAAGGCGACGAUUAUGACGGCUGGAACCUUAUCAAGGACAAAGUUGAGGCAUGGGGCAGCGUUGAGAGGGAAAAGAGAGAAACCUCAGAAGAAGAGGGAGAAGAAGGCGCUGAUUCAGAAGUGGAAUUGAAGGUUCUGAAGAAGAAAAUCGAUAUUGGAGUUGAAUACCUCCGACGCGCGUUCAACUUCUGCAUGUACUGUGUCUCAUCCUCUGAUUCGAUCCACGAGCUCACAAGGAAGUGCCCCGGAGGCCACAUCCGUCGACCAACACCACCCUCUGACUAUGCCGCUGAUCAGAGAACCGUAAAUUGGACAAAGAAAUGGCAGGAUAAACUCGAACUUUUCGUCAAUCCUCCGGUUCUGGGCCAAGAAGAUUACGCCGAACGGUUGAUGAAGAUCGGAGGCAAGCCGGUUGGGGAGGCAGUCAAAGAGGAGACUCUGAAAUUUGUCAAAGAAGAGGAUGAGGGCAAAUUCCGGUGUAAGGUCAGCGGCUGCACGAAAUUGUUCAGGGCCGAGGAUUUCUGGAGGAAGCAUCUGGACAAGAAACAUACGGAAUGGCUUCAGCAAAUGGAAUUGGAUGCGGCGCUCAUCAACACAUAUGUGUCGGACCCCACCCGCGUGCACCCACCCAAGAUUGAGCAGAACGCACAAGGCAAUUUCCAGGCUGGCGGACUGGGCGGAACCCGGAAUCCGCCGAUACUUCCGAUGUCAUUCCCCCAGGGUGUGCUUCCUCCUCCGGGAUUCCCGUUCAAUGCUGCAUUCAUGCAAGCUGCGGUCUCGAGCAGUAUCCAUGCCAAUGGUAAUGGUGCCCUUCCAGGUGGCGUGGGCCCCAUCCGACGUCCCUCUAGGAACCCCAGCGGGGGAGGGAUUGGGUUACCACUGGGGAGAGACGGCACCAGGUAUGGUGGUCAACCUUACGCUCGACCGGACCGUGCACAGAGGGAGAGGGAGCGGGAGAAGAGGGAUAGGGAAAUGAGGGAUGCACAGUCCAAGAAGGUGGGCGGCGGCGGACCUGUUGGAGGGCUGAGUGGCAUCAGCGCCGCAAUGGGAGGAGGAGGGGCCGGACUACCGGUCGCAGGCGGACCUGAUGCUGAGUUGGCAGUUAUGGGAAGAGCAGUGAAGAGUUACAAAGACCUGGAUGCCACCGAAGGAAGGAAGGGUGUUGAUGAGCUGGACUAUUGAAUCAAUUGUGAAUUAGGCGAUUAGGUCAUGAAUGUCCCGCCACCGGCUUCCCCGCCUAUGGAUCUGUCCAUUUUCUUUCCAGGGGUGUUUUGUUCUUUCUGAAAACUUUCUUUCAUUUUUUUUCUUCUCGGCAAUGGCUGUGUGUUUCUUGUGCGUAAUUUUUCUCUGCCAACUUUGUGACAUUAGUUUUUACUUUACUGUUUUCAUUUGUUUUUUUCUGGGUGUAUGUAUGCUGUGCGAAGUACGCACCUAACUAGGCACUCUAUUUCUUUUCAAUCAGAGAUCAACGGGCUUUCCUUGUGGCGUGAAGAAUGCGUGGAAUCUGGAUACAUAUCACCACUGUUAACACGGCUACCUCUGCGGUGAUUAGAGAC